CUUUAGUCCAUUCUUAGUUGACGUUUUGUCAUAUUUAUUUGUCGUGUUCAUGUUAGAAGAAAGGGUGUGAGCCCAACAGUGUUUAAGUUUAGGCGUUGUUAAUGCAUUUUUUUGAAAGUUUUAUAAACAAAAUAGCUUGAUUUCAAGACGACACUCAAAAUAGGUUCGAAAUGCCGAAAUCGAUGAACGUACGUGUAACCACGAUGGACGCGGAGCUGGAGUUCGCGAUCCAGCAGACGACGUCCGGCAAGCAGCUCUUCGAUCAGGUUGUCAAGACCAUCGGUCUGCGAGAGGUCUGGUUCUUUGGUCUGCAGUACACAGACUCAAAAGGUGACCUGACGUGGAUCAAAUUGUACAAGAAGGUUAUGAGCCAGGAUGUCAAAAAGGAAAAUCCUCUUCAAUUCAAAUUUAGAGCCAAAUUCUACCCAGAAGAUGUAGCCGAGGAACUAAUACAGGAUAUCACACUGAGGCUGUUUUAUUUGCAAGUCAAAAACGCUAUAUUGUCUGAUGAAAUAUAUUGUCCACCAGAAACAUCAGUAUUAUUGGCAUCAUAUGCUGUUCAGGCUAGACAUGGGGAUUACAACAAAAACACCCAUAAUGCAGGAUUUCUUUCUAAUGACCGACUUUUACCCCAAAGAGUUAUGGACCAGCAUAAAAUGUCCAAGGAUGAAUGGGAACAAAGCAUUAUGACCUGGUGGAAAGAACAUCAAGGUAUGCUUAGGGAGGACGCCAUGAUGGAAUAUUUGAAAAUCGCCCAAGAUUUGGAAAUGUACGGAGUGAAUUAUUUCGAAAUUAGAAAUAAAAAGGGUACAGAAUUAUAUCUUGGUGUUGAUGCACUAGGGUUGAACAUUUAUGAGAAAGAUGACCAGCUCACUCCAAAAAUAGGUUUUCCUUGGUCUGAAAUCCGAAACAUUUCAUUCAAUGAUCGGAAAUUCAUCAUAAAACCAAUAGACAAAAAAGCUCCAGACUUCGUUUUCUUUGCACCCCGCGUGAGGAUAAAUAAAAGGAUUCUCUCCUUGUGCAUGGGUAACCAUGAACUUUAUAUGAGGAGAAGGAAACCUGACACAAUUGAUGUUCAACAAAUGAAAGCCCAAGCACGUGAGGAGAAGCUUGCUAAACAACAACAGAGGGAAAAAUUACAAUUGGAAAUUGCUGCCAGAGAAAGGGCAGAAAAGAAACAACAAGAGUAUGAAGACAGGAUUAGAUCCAUGCAAGAAGAGAUGGAGAGGAGUCAGGCUAAUUUAUUAGAAGCUCAAGAAAUGAUCAGGAAGUUAGAAGAGCAACUGAAACAAUUACAAGCUGCCAAAGAAGAAUUGGAAAAGAGGCAGAAUGAACUCCAAGCCAUGAUGGAAAGACUUGAAGAAAGCAAGAAUAUGGAAGCUGCUGAGCGUCAAAAAUUAGAAGAGGAAAUUCAGGCCAAACAGAAAGAAGUUAUGCGUAUCCAAGAAGAAGUGGAGCUCAAAGAUUCAGAGACCAAGCGUCUUCAAGAAGAGGUUGAAGCAGCAAGAAGAAAAGAAGAAGAACUGAAAGCUCAACAGCUAGCUAAUGCUACUAAGGGACAUCUUGAAGAAAACCAUCAUGAUGAAGAUGAUGAGAUGGUCAAUGGUGAUGUCAGUCGAGAUUUGGCUACUGACGAAAGCAUUGUAGAUCCAGUAGAAGAUAGACGUACUUUAGCAGAGAGAAAUGAACGUCUUCAAGAUCAGUUACAGGCAUUGAAGAAAGAUUUAGCACAAUCUCGUGACGAAACUAAAGAAACAGCAAUGGAUAAGAUCCAUAGAGAGAAUGUCCGCCAAGGCAGAGAUAAAUACAAGACUCUAAGAGAAAUCCGUAAAGGAAACACUAAACGCCGUGUUGAUCAAUUUGAAAACAUGUAAAAUGCAAAAGAUUACUGAUAGAAACACUCAUAUCCAUUUUAAUUUAAAAUAAUAGAUCUUCUUAUGACCUUAUUCUUGAAACAAUCAAAACUCUAGAUUGAUGUAACAACAAUUUUGUAUAUUUUAUCAUAAGUGUUUGACAGAGUCUAAACGAUAUUUUGCUCAUUCAAGUGGCCUUAUAACUGGAAGAAUUUUCUUCAUAUGUUCUUCAUUUAGUUGGAACUAAAAUUUUUUAAAUUUAUUGGUAAUUGUGAUAUAUUGAAGGUUUAAGAAAAUAUUAUGUUUAUUUGGUGAAAAUUAUUUUGAAUUACUGUAAAGUGGGUUCACUUUGCCGAAAUUUUCAGUUUGGAAAUUAUCUUUUCAGAAUGUUGUAUUCCUCAUCAUUUGAUCUUCGAGAUAUUUAUCAUUUUUUAUCUCAAUUAUAACUUAUUACAUUUGCUGCAGAUUGCAUUUUUAGUAGGGGGAUAAACGCAAUGAACUUAUUUUUCAUUUUUGGGAUGAUAUAUUUGAAAUAUAAGCUUUCGACUAUAGAACAAAGUGGACUCCACAUAACUGUAAUUGAAUAGUUUUAGUAAAGACAGAAUCCAAAUCUUAUCAAAUCAAGAAUAGCAUUCCAUUAGAAAUAUUUAAGAAAAAAAUAAUGAAUUUAUUCAAGUGCCAUUUGGUUCACCCAAAUAUGAAAGUUGCAAACCCAAAAACUUUCCUCCUACACUGGAAUCUCAAAAUCCUUUUGGCUGUAACAAUUUUGAUUAAUUUUAUUCAGUAAAUAAAAACAUAAAUGAGGUUAAUAUAUUCCUUCUUCAACAUGGAUGUGAACUUAUUGAUAUAAAUGAGAUGGCCUGAUACUUGAACUGAUUCAUGUCAAAUAAUUGAGUACGAAAAAGUAUUUCCAGUCAUAACUCAAAAUUACGAGUGACUUGAGAAGAGGAUUCCUAAAUUAACUGGCUAAGCCUGGUGCUUCCUACUUGUAAAUAGGAUUUUAUAUGAAACUUGCUUGUGUCUCUUAAAAUAUCGAUUAACUUUAUUUUUUUACUUCUGUGAAAGCAAUUGAUCAACAUUUCCAAAACCUCCAGUUGUAUUUGUAUAAAUUAUUCUAUAUACCAUAAUGCCUUUCUAGAUAGGUUUGGAUGAUAUUUACACAGUAGUAUUGUUACUUUGAUAUAAUCGCGAAAUUAACUUGGUUUAGGCUUGAAAAUGUUUCAAACCAUACGAUAAUAUUUGAUAUUUAUUGUUAUCUCACAUUUUCACUUAAUUAUUCUAUAACAGUAUUUUCUUCUUGGAAUAGGUUUAUGAUCCAAAGUUUUUCGGUUUGUGUUUAUAAUCCACCUUGUGUGUUGAACGAGAAAUAUUCUAUCAAAAGAUUUUUCUUCUUACAUCAGCAUUUACGAAAAAGUUUGUUAAGUACUUGAAAUUACAUAUUCAUACUCCAGUAGUUAUUACAUUAUUAUGAAAACAUUAAUAAACAUAUUUGGAAAA